GAUUCUGAGAGAUGAAGAGUGUACCUAGAUAUUCCCUCAUUUUGCACAUGACAUUGAAGAAGUAGGAAACUCGCUUACUUGUUUCGGUCCGGUCUUGUCCAAAUACAUCAAAUCAACAUCACCGAACUAUGGCUCCAUCAAACAGAAACAAUUCGCACGAAGAGAUCUGGGACGAUUCAGCGCUCGUCGACUCUUGGAACGACGCUCUCGAGGAAUACAAGAAAUACCAUAGCCUCAAGGCUCGCGGCGAAGAUGUAGAAGAAGUACUCAGAGCAGCCGAGAGUCGUCAUAACGGAGUAAGCCAAGAGAUCGAUCACGAAGAGGAACAAGCGGACGAUAGCAGGCUUGUCAAUGAUCCACGUGCCAAGAAGAACCUGCCCGAGGAAACGGGAGAUCAUGACACAAAAUCUGCCAAGCAUGAGGCUCCAAUAGCACACACGCAACCAGAGGUGGGCCAAGCAUCAGGACGAACGCCACCAGCACUGCCUCAACAUUUGAUCGGCCAAGUUCAAGAUGAGGGGUUGAAGAACUUACUGAUGUCUUGGUACUACGCUGGGUACUAUACAGGGUUGUACGAAGGUCAGCAACAGGGACAAGUGGCGGUUGCCAAGCAUGAAGCGUAGUGCGAACGGUCGGGCUUCAACCGAUCAUCUGUGACAGGAAGAGUUUGGACCGUCCGAUAGUGUCCCUGUAUCCGAGAUCAGGUCCAAGCGACUGGCAGAAAGUUUUCUUGACAUCUGUCAGCGGCGACAUGGGAUGCGUGCUGUGAAUAGGAAACGCAGCGUCACAAUCACAGAAGCGGCUCGUUUCACGAUCAUAUUAU